CUGUCGACAGCUGUGACGGAAUACAUAAUAAAGCCCCAAAAAAGCCAAUUACCGAAAUCGUGUGACACGGAGUGUCGGCGGCAAGGACUCUACCAAAAGAGAUCACUUCUAUGUGAUUCAUAUGAUUCACGUGUUGAAGAAAAUUGAGUAAAAGAACUUGAAAAGGAAGUGAUUAAAAUGUUUGUGGAAAAAGUGCUAGAACGCGCCACCAGAACGGAGCUAUGCUCGAUCCUGGCCCUGCUGGUCAUCAGUCUGAGCAUCUACUUGUUCUAUGCCCAUCUGGACACGUACCUGAGAUCGGUCAUACUGUCGCUGCGGCUGUCGGGUCCUCCAACGCUGCCCAUUCUGGGCAAUUGCCUGCUCAUCAAGGAUAAGGACUUGAUGAGAAAUCAAGCAGCCAAGGCCUUUGAUUUGUAUGGAUCCCUUGUGCGGAUCUGGGUGCUCUUUUUCCCCUUCUUUGUGGUCCUGCAGCCAGAGGAUCUGCAGGUCAUACUGUCCUCGCAGAAGCACACCAAUAAAGUCUUCAUCUACCAGCUGAUGCACAAUUUUCUGGGGGAUGGCCUAAUCACCAGCAGCGGCCUUAAGUGGAGCACCCACCGCAGGCUCAUCCAACCGGCAUUCCACCUCAGCCUGCUGGAGAAGUUCAUUGGGACCUUUGUGGACGCCUCGCAGUCGCUGUACGAGUCGGUCGGUGCUUCCGCCGUAGGCACUGACAUCAACAUCGUCAGCAUCGUGAACAACUGUGUGGUGGACAUCUUAAAUGAGGCCGUUUUGGGUGUGCCCAUCAAAAAGAAGGGCUUGGACCUGGUCAAAAUCGAUGAGUCUCCAUUUCGGCAGGGCAAACUCAUGAUACCCACCCGGUUCUCACAUCCCUGGCUUCUGUUUGAUGGCAUUUACCACUGGACGAAGUUGGCCAACGAUGAGCUCAAUCAGAAAAAGCGCCUCCACGACUUCACCCGCCAGAUGAUCAAGAUUCGUCGCGAGAUUCUGGCCAACACCGGCAACAACAACGCCGAGCGGAAGUGUCUGCUGGACUACAUGAUCGAGAUCUCGGAGAGCAAUCCCGACUUCACCGAGCAGGACAUCGUCAACGAGGCCUGCACUUUCAUGCUGGCCGGGCAGGACUCUGUGGGCGGAGCCGUGGCCUUCACCAUCUUCCUGCUGGCCCAGAAUGCCGAGUGCCAGGAACAGUGCCACGAGGAGCUGGAGCGCAUCUUCGACUACAGCGAUCGGGCGCCCACCAUGAGUGAUCUGCGGGAGAUGCGCUACCUGGAGAUGUGCAUAAAGGAGGCCCUGCGCCUCUACCCCACAGUGCCACUAAUUGCCCGCAAGCUGGGCGAGGAGGUGCGUCUGAGCGACCACACUCUGCCCGCGGGUAGCAAUAUUUUCAUCUGCCCCUAUGCCACCCACCGCCUGAACAACAUCUACCCCGAGCCGGAGAAAUUCAACCCGGAGCGUUUUUCUCCAGAGAACUCUAAGGACCGCCACCCGUACGCCUUCAUUCCGUUCAGCGCCGGGCCGCGCUACUGCAUUGGCAAUCGGUUCGCCAUCAUGGAGAUGAAGACCAUUGUCUCGCGACUGCUGCGCAGCUUCCAGCUGCUGCCGGUGGCCGGCAAGACCACCUUCGAUGUCUCUUACCGCAUCACUCUGCGUGCCUCCGGCGGUCUGUGGGUGCGCCUGAAGCCCCGCGAUCAUCCCAUCUCGCAGACCCGCGACAGCGAUUGCUUCGGACUGUAGCCUGUAGGUUAUAGAGUACAAGGUGCUAACUCUUCGUUACAGUAACUUUAAUUAGUAUGGUAAAUAAGUAUGUAUAUAAAUCGAUACAAUAAUUUAAAUAUUUAGCUUCCUCUAGCCUAAGUACAGUGCCUACCCCCGUUUAGGGGGAGUGCCUGAUCUGAUCAGAGAUGUGGAUGUGGAUUAUAAUGUGUUUAUGGUGUGGCUGUGUCUGUGGCUGGGGUGUGAGGUGAGGGCGAUGGUGUUCUAACCCCGUGUUCGCUAUCGCAAUCGCAAUUGCAUUCGCAUUCAUAUUCAUAUUCAUAUUUAUAUUCGAGUGUUCGUAGAUUUUCUGCUGGGUUUUGUCUGAACAAAUUAUUUCUGCAAUAAUAAAGUUAUGUUCGUCGGCGUUUAUGCGACAUAAAUCUAGGA